CUUGUUCGCCAUGGUACGCCCUUGUCGUCUGCUCCCACUCACGCUCCAGGAUCGCUUCACGACUGCCCUCGCGCGUCCAUGACGGAGGGUGGCUCAGUGACCUCCCAGCCACCUACGGCCGACACGCCAGCCUCACAGCUAGACUACCUCCAUGGUGGGCUGCUGCCACACGAACAGUAUUGGCACAAUCGCCAGCCAUGGCUACAGGAGCGGGGUUACAUGCUACGUCCGCGAUAUAGGACCGACUGGAAACCGUCUUGGCUCGGUACAGACAAGUACUUCGGGUUCUGUGAAGACGGGCGAAGCACGAUAUCACCGGUUAUCAUGGACGCUACCAAAACUUCUGACGGCUUACAUGUGACUUUGAAAAAGGUCAACACACAAGUUCACCCGUUCGAAGUGGAGAUUGGCCAGUUCCUGUCGUCCGAGGAGACGACAUCCAAUCCGCGCAACUACUGUGCACGCAUACUUGACGUGCUACCAGAUCCUACCGAACCGAAUACAACGGUCAUUGCUAUGCCUCUUCUCAAAGCCUUUUACGACCCCGACUUCGUGACUAUCGGAGAGGCAGUCGCGUUCUUCAAGCAGAUUAUCGAAGGGUUACAUUUCAUGCACAAGAAGCAUGUAGCUCAUCGCGAUAUAUCGAUGUUGAAUGUGAUGAUGGACGCAACACCAAUGUAUCCUGAUCUAUGGCAUCCCCAAGCUACAGUAUACAAACGCGACUUCUCCGGGCGCGCGAAACAUUUCAGCCGCACCGAGCGUCCCCCGAAGUACUUCUACAUUGACUUCGGUCUUUCACGCAAGUACAACUCUGACGACGGGCAGCCUCAAGAGCUUCCCAUUCUUGGCGGCGACAAAACUGUUCCAGAGUUCCAGGAGCAAGGUUAUGACAAGCCGGCUAACCCCUUUCGCACCGACAUAUACUAUCUCGGUAAUCUCAUGCGAACACAAUUUUUGAAUAAGUAUCGUGGACUUGACUUCGUGCAGCCGCUCGUCGCCGACAUGGUUCAGAAUGACCCUGAGAAGCGGCCGACGAUCGAGGAGGUGGAAUCGCGGUUUGACGGCAUAUCCUGCCAACUUUCUUGGUGGCAGCUGCGGUCGAGGUUGGUUGAGAAGGAUGAGAACGCCCUUGUACGGACUGUGUUUGGGAUAGGGCACAUCUUCCGGACAGCGAAGUACGUUAUCAAGCGGCGGCCUCCCGUACCGCUUCCGCCGUGAUCUACGCGCUCGCUUGGAUGUCCUCGCGAUACCCUCUACGAGCCUCUACGCUGUUAUUUUCCGAGUCCGCUGUUGGUUAAGGCUAAGUACCGGAAAACUAUAAGUUUGUCACUGGCUUCGCUGAGCGGCCUUGUCAUCUUGUUACAGGCACAGAGUCUCUGCCGUGCGGCGUUGAUGAUGGACUAGGUACGCUUAGCUCCGGCAGGCCUGUGUGCGAAUAGGAAUACAACACCUUCAACUUAAAU